AUGGGAGUGGGUGGGCGUGCCAUGUGUGUGCGCGGAGCAGGCGUCACCACGGGGUCAAGCCGCACCAUGGCUGUGCCGUGCCUCGCCGGGGCCAUGCCUCGCUGGGAUGGUGCCGCCAGUGUUGCUGCUGUGGGAAACGUAACUGCUACCCCCACGGUGACUGCUACCCCCACGGUGACUGCUACCCCCACGGUGACUGCUACCCCCACGGUGACUGCUACCCCCACGGUGACUGCUACCCCCACGGUGACUGCUACCCCCACGGUGACUGCUACCCCCACGGUGACUGCUACCCCCACGGUGACUGCUACCCCCACGGUGACUGCUACCCCCACGGUGACUGCUACCCCCACGGUGACUGCUACCCCCACGGUGACUGCUACCCCCACGGUGACUGCUACCCCCACGGUGACUGCUACCCCCACGGUGACUGCUACCCCCACGGUGACUGCUACCCCCACGGUGACUGCUAACCCCACGGUGACUGCUACCCCCACGGUGACUGCUACCCCCACGGUGACUGCUACCCCCACGGUGACUGCUACCCCCACGGUGACUGCUUCCCCACUGCUCACUGCCCUUCUCAAGCUGAGGAGGCGCCAGGAGUGUCGUUUGCUGUGCUUAAGACCACAGUUAAUCAUUGAGACCUUUCCGUCUGCCGGGCUGCAUUUCUGCCUUCUCACACACCACGUGCAGCACACAACGCCCACUCUCUUCCUCGCACCUCCCUCACUUCUUCGCUUUCGCUUCCUUGCAUGA